AUGGUUUCCAAUACAAAAAAAGAAAAAAAUACGAAACAACACAAACAUCGAAGUGACCAUGAUCGUGUUGAAAAAGUACGAGAACGUGAACGUCGUUCACCUUCUAAUGAUGAUAAAUCUCGAUCACCAUCACCAACACCAACAAAAUCAAAUUCAGCUGACACAUCAAAUAGUACACGUGAAGGUACUGAGCGUAUGUCAUUGUCAAUCGAUGAAACCAAUAAAUUACGUGCAUCACUUGGUCUUAAACCAUUAACAAGUGAUGGCAAUUCAGCAACAGAUCCUGAUGCACCAAAAAAAGGCUUAAAUAGUGAUGAAAAUUAUGUUUUUAAACCAGCAGUAAAUCUUACAGAAAAAAAACGAACUGAACAGGUUAUGGAAAAACUUACUGUUCAAAAAGAAAAACGACAAUUACAAGGAAAAUUUUUGACAACACCAACUAUAGCAUCUGAAAAAGCUGAUUCUGCUACAUCUUGGGUUGAAAAAAUGCGUCAAAUGGAUGAAGAAAAACGUAAAGCAUCUGCACGUGCUAAAUUACUUCAACAAAUGGAUGAUGACUUUGGCGUUGAUAAUUUAAUGCAACAAGAAGCAUCGAAACAAAACAAUAAGAGAUAUGCGUCGAAAGAUCUUAGUGGUCUUCGUAUUGAACAUUCAAUUGAAGAAUUUAAAGAAGGACAACAAGUUAUAUUAACAUUGAAAGAUAAAAAAAUUUUGAGUGAUAAAAAAGAUGGUGACGAAGAUGAUGAUGAUGAAGAAGAAGAUGUUUUAAUAAAUGUUAAUAUUGCUGAUAAUGAAGUAGCUAAACAACGUGCUGAUUUAGCAAAAAAGAAAACACCUGGUUAUCGAGGCUAUGCUGAUGAAGAUGAUACACCGGAUCAAUUUGGAAUGUUUAAUCCAAAUAAAUUACUUGAUCAAUAUGAUGAAAAAAAGAAAUCAUCAUUUCGACUUGAAUCCGGCGGUGUUUAUGAUAUGUCAGAUGAGAAAGUCAUGGACAAUAUGAAACAAGAAAUUCGAGCACGAAUGCAAAGUUUAGUAGUACCAACACCAAAAGUAGCUAGUGAAUUUUAUACAGCUGCUGAAAUGGAACAAUUCAAAAAACCAAAAAAGGUAACUAAGAAAAAGCUUCGAUCACGAAAAAUGUUAAAAGCUGACGACCUAUUAACAAUGGAUAGUAAUGAACCAGAGGAAUCAUCAGCAUCGAUAUCUUUACGUCCAGCUGAAACUCGUCGAUCUACAGCAAUUGCAUCGGCAACAAAAGAACGUCCGUCUACUAUUUCUCUUGAUAAAAUCAAACGAGAAAUGAUAACAACAACAGAAAAUGAAGAUAUGUUGGAUGCCGAUGAUGAUCUUUCUAGUUUUGCUGUUAAUGAUGAUGCAUUCGAUGAACUUCAAGCUGUUGUUAAUAAAACAAUGAAACUUAAAACGAAGAAAGAUAGUAUAUCAACUGAAAAGGCACUAAGUGAAUUAAUUGAAGAACGUGAUCGUAAAUUAAAAGUUGAAAUUAAAUCUGAACCUAUGGAAACUGGUAUUAUUCUUCCACCAGGUCCAAUUCCACCCGAUGAUAAAAAUCUUGUACUUGAUACAAUGUCAGAAUUUUGUCGUAAUGUUGGUGAAAAUGCUGUUGAUCCAACAACAAAUCUACUUACAUUACGAGCAUCAAAAAAACGCAAACAAACAAAUGUUGCAUCAACUAAAAAAUCAACAUCAAAAACAAAUGUAGCAUUAGAUUCCGAUGAUGAAUUAAUACAACACGCACUCGAAAAUGAAGGUUUAGAUGACGGUGCAAUGGAUGAUACACCAGCUGAAGAUAUUAAUACAAAACCAUUUCGUCUUGAAGAUGCAAUUUUAUCUACUGAAGCAACACUUGAUCGUGGUCUUGGUAGUGCACUUCGACUGGCUAUGCAAAAAGGUUAUAUUGAACAAGAAAAAAAUCGUCAAAAUGCUCGUUUUGUUAGUGAUAUUUCAGCUAAAAAUUACACAGUUGAAGAAAAAAAUUCAUAUGAAAUUGACGACAAACAUGCUCGACGUGAUCGUUAUACAUCUGGACCAUUAACUGAUUUCAAAGAAAAAGAUCAUUAUCAUCCAGAAGUUAAUCUUGAAUACUGUGAUGAUAAUGGUCGACGUAUUAAUGAAAAAGAAGCAUUUCGUCUUCUUUCACAUCGUUUUCACGGUAAAGGUAGUGGUAAAAAGAAGACAGAAAAACGAGCUAAAAAACAAGUCGAAGAAGAGAUGAUGAAAAAAAUGUCAAGUGUUGAUACACCAUUAAAUACAUGUAAUUUAUUGAAACAAAAACAAAUUCAAUUACAACAACCAUAUGUUGUUUUAAGUGCUAAUGUUAUGAGCCAUUCUGUUAUUUUGCCUCCUGUUCAUGACACAUCACCGCCACCAUUUGACGAUGAUGUUGAAGAAAAUGAUAUAAUUUCAACUAUUGAAAAUAAUGCAAUAUUAUCAUCGACUCCAUCGGAUGUAUUAAAUGAUAGUAAUGAAGAUUGGAAAUCAGUAGAUGAUAAUAAUGAUACUGAUAUUGCUCAAAUUCAAGAUGAUCUAGCUACUGUUGAUAGUGAAAAUAUUUCAACAAAUAUUACUUCGACGAAUGAAGAAUCAAUACAAGACGAACACAAUGAUAUAGCUAUUGAUAAAGAUGAAAAUAAUUCAUCAAAUAUUAAUUUGACGAAUGAAGAACCAAUACAAGAAGAACAUAAUAAUACUCAUGAUGAUAUAGCUAUUGUCGAAAGUGAAAAUACUUCAACAAAUAUUAAUUCGACCAAUGAAGAACAUAAUAACGAUCAUGAUGAUAUAGCCAUUGUUGAUGGCGAAAAUAUUUCAACAAAUCUUGACUCAACGAAUGAAGAAUCAAUACAAGACGAACAUAAUAAUGAUAAUGAUGAUAUAGCUAUUGUUAAAAGCGAAAAUAUUUCAGCAAAUAUUAACUUAACGAAUGAGGAACCAAUACAAGAAGAACAUAAUAAUAAUAAUAAUGAUGACAUAGCUAGUUUUAAAAGUGAAAGUAUUUCAACAAAUAUUAAUUUCACAAAUGACGAACCAAAACAAGAAGAACAUAAUGAUAAUCAUGAUGAUUGGGCGAAUUUUGCUUCAUUUGAAAAUACCACAGAUGUAAUUUCAGAGAGUCUUCCUACACCAACAUCUGCAGUAGUUGAAGCAAGUACUGAGAAUGAUUGGGCUAAUUUUGAAUCAAGUCCAGUUUCACCUUCUGAAGAAUCAUUGCAGUCACCUAUUAAUGAACAAUUUGCUACAAUAACAACAGAAAAUGAAGAUGAAGAUGAUGAUUUUGGUGAAUUUACUGAAGUACAAGCCGCUCCAAUACCUUCUUUACAAACUAAUACAACAACUCCUGAACAAAUUGAAUCUUUAAUUUCUACAUGUUUUUCUAUGGAAUCUGCGACAUCUUCUACAGAUGAAGAUUCUUUUAUUCCUGUUGAAUUACCUUCUUUCACUACUUAUAAACAUCCAUCAAAACAACUAUCACAUCUUGAAUCUAGUCUCUCUUUAUGGAAUGUUUUAUCAAAUCUAUCGAAUGAUCCAAUAGGAGUUCGAUUUCAAUGGCGUAAAUCGAAUACAGAACGUUUCUUUCAUCAAGCACUAGGUGUUAAUGAACGUUUUCGUGCAAAAAAUGUUCCAUUAACACCGGAAGUUUUACAACCCAUCAAAGCAAAUACAUCAAACAAUAAUGAAUCUGAAAACGUCAAUAAUGAAAAUAAAUUAUCAACUGAAUCUAUUCGUCCACAUUUCGAUUGGAAACAAAGUGGUUUACAAAAUCCUCUUACAGUAUUUGAUGCAAAUAAAACACUUGAUUUGGACUUUUAUGUUCCAGCAGCAAAGUCUUCCAAUGAAGAAGAACAUACAUCAUCAUCAUCUGGAUCUAUCCAAAGAAAUGAAAGUCCAAUUGUUCGACAUUCAGCACCAAUAAAAACAAUCGAUCUUUUUCCUGGUUCAACAACAACAUUAACAGAUGAUGCAAAACGUAUUAUCGAUACUUUACCUAAUUUAAGUUUCAUGAGUGCUAAAGCGUUAAUGUUUCCUAUUCGAUUCAAUGCGAAUAAUAAUGAUGAAUUAUACUGA